AUUCUAGUAUAGUUCAUAUUUAGCAGAACGGAAUGAGGAAAAAUAUAUAUUUCACAUGUAUACGUAUUAUUAUAUGUAUUGAUUAGAUGAUAAUUUGGAAAAGUAUUCCUUCAUUUUCUGAUUGUUUUUAUGCCCAAUAUUAUCAACAACAACCGCGUAAUCAAAGCAGUAAAAAAACAAUAUUCACCAGGUGGAAAGUUUCACUGAAAAGAAAGUAGUUUGUCAGAAAUUAUUGUGAGCUAAUGGCACAAUACUCGCGUAUCCCCCGUCUGGUUAGCUGAAGCACUUUCUGGUUGAUAAUGAUUAACAAAAGUACAGACAAUUAUCAGGUGCCUUUAAAAUCGUUUUAUUCAUCAACAAUGCUCUAUGAUAAUCUAUCAAAAUAUUUUCUUGUCUGGUAUUUACCAACAGUAAUCACAGUUGGAUUCGCUGGAUCAAUCUUCUGUUUAUUUUUCUUAAUACGUUCGAAAUUAUUCCCGUCUAGUUUACAAAUAUGGCUUAUAAGUAUUUGUAUCGGAGAUUUUUUCAUCUUAAUGACAGAAGGUAUAUGGAUGCUAUUGAAAGUAUGGUUCCGAAUUGAUCUUCGAGAUUACAAUAACUGGAUAUGUAUUCUGCAUACGAGUUUUUCAAAUUAUUUAUUCUACUGGUCAGCAUAUAUGCAAUGCAUUUUAUCAAUUCAACGUUGUUACCUUGUUCUAUGUCCAUUAAAAGUUAAAUCAAAAUUUUUAUCUUUAUCAAGACUGCUAGUCUAUCAGCUGUUGACUUCAUUAUUUCUAGUCUUACCAAUUCUACCCUAUCCACUUUAUUGGCAGGUUAUAAAAGGUGAUUGUGAUCCUGUAAAUGAAAGAAUAUUCCGUUUCACAACAAUAUGCGACUUAAUACUAUGGGGAUUUGUGCCUGUAUUUGUUAUGACAACAUGUACAGGCAUUAUAUGUCGGAAUUUACUGACACGACAUAAAUUUGUCCAUCCAACAAUGCAUACUAACUCGAAAAUGAACAAUAAUCAACAUCACCAUCAUUAUCAACAUCAUGCCUACCGGUACACAAUAAGCAGUACUGGUAAUCUUCACAAACACAGCUACCAGUUACCAUAUCCAAUUCAUCUGAAAUCUGUGAAAUCAUUUGGUCAUUCAGUGAAUUUGUUAUCAAGUCAAGAAUCAGUGUUUAACACACUUGAUCAUCAUCCUAUACAUUGUGAUGUAGGUCAGCGUAAAUGUUCUUCACAUGAUAGUAAUAUGCGUGUCACACCACUUCUGAUUUGUAUGAAUCUAGUUUAUAUGACAAGUGUUUGUCCAUUGGUCAUUUAUUUUUUAUGCUUAAAUUUUAUUUUUGAAAAAAUUGACUCUGAUAUGCACAAAUUUCUUUAUUAUUUAUUUCGAAGUUUUUGUCUACUGAAUACCUGUACAAAUUGGAUAUUUUAUUGUGUAUCUGGUAAAAUGUUUCGUCAGCGUACUAAAUUCCUCAUCAUGCUACUGUGUCGUUCACAGAAAAAGUCAACUUAUACAGAUAACAAAGGCUAUCUGAUGACAAAAUACACAAGUAAAUGUAGGUGUUCAACAUCUAAUUUAACACAAAAUACUAAAUACUCGAUAAAAAGACCUCUUUCUAGCAAAUUGUAAAUGUUUUGCAUGGUAUGAUUUCGAUACAAAACAAAAAAUAAAAACAAAAAUUGUAGGAAUACUUCUUUGUAUUGUAAAUUCAUCCGAUGACAGGAUUUAUACAUUCCGUAUUUACAUACAACAAUUGAUAGACAGAAUUCUACUUUAAAAUGUGUGUUUCAAAACUUUAAAAACAUCUCUGAUGAUACCUCAUAUUCAGUGAAAAUCAUUUCUACUACUACUCUACAAUAAUUUGUGAUUUGAAGAUGUUAUAAUUUACAUAUAUGAGCAUUAUUUCGUCUUCACAACACAUUUAUAUGUAUUUAUGUAUUAAUGUAUAAAAUAUGCUUAAAUUUUUUAGCUUGUAAUAUCAGUCACACACUACCUGGCUGAAUAUGAACAUUUACAAAUGUAUUCCGGCUUUCCAGAUAUUGUGUUUUCUUUUCAACUACCUAUAAUGAAAUAUUAUUUGGUAAGUGGAGUCUUUCUCAUUAAAACUUUGACCUCAACUGGAUUUUUUUCGAAAAAAACUGUUUGAAAACAUUGCGAAAAAUAAUAAAACAUUUUUUGAAUGA